UGCCACCGCCUGGUUGGUGUGGAGCCCUGUAGACACCAUGUCACAUACAAGCAUGGAUCCAACCAAGAUGGGGAUCGGCCGGUCUAUCGCCGUGCUGACUUCAGGAGGUGACGCCCAAGGUACGAAGUGUGUGUGUGGAUGUCAUCAGAGGGACAGUGUGUGGAUGUCAUCAGGGGGACAGUGUGUGGAUGUCAUCAGGGGGACAGUGUGUGGAUGUCAUCAGAGGGACAGUGUGUGGAUGUCAUCAGAGGGACAGUGUGUGGAUGUCAUGAGGGGGACAGUGUGUGGAUGUCAUCAGGGGGACAGUGUGUGGAUGUCAUCAGAGGGACAGUGUGUGGAUGUCAUCAGGGGGACAGUGUGUGGAUGUCAUCAGGGGGACAGUGUGUGGAUGUCAUCAGAGGGACAGUGUGUGGAUGUCAUCAGGGGGACAGUGUGUGGAUGUCAUCAGAGGGACAGUGUGUGGAUGUCAUCAGAGGGACAGUGUGUGUGUCAUCAGAGGGACAGUGUGUGGAUGUGUCAUCAGAGGGACAGUGUGUGGAUGUCAUCAGGGGGACAGUGUGUGGAUGUCAUCAGGGGGACAGUGUGUGGAUGUCAUCAGAGGGACAGUGUGUGUGUGACUGCGUGCGUCCGUACGCAUAUUCAUGACUGUCUACGUAUGCUUCAGUAUUAGAAGUAUUGAGUGGUGAUUGGGCGCAUAUACAGUCUGUUCUUUAUUAUGUCAACUUUACUAGCUCAGCACAUGUUAUUAUGUCAACUUUACUAGCUCAGCACCUGUUAUUAUGUCAACUUUACUAGCUCAGCACCUGUUAUUAUGUCAACUUUACUAGCUCAGCACCUGUUAUUAUGUCAACUUUACUAGCUCAGCACCUGUUAUUAUGUCAACUUUACUAGCUCUGCACCUGUUAUUAUGUACACUGAGUGUACAAAACAUUAGGGACACCUUUCUAAUAUUGAGUUGCACCCCCUUUUGCCCUCAGAACAGCCUCAAUUCAUUGACAAGGUGUCAAAAGCGUUCCACAGGGCUGCUGGCCCGUGUUGACUCCAAUGCUUCCCAGAGUUGUGUCAAGUUGGCUGGAUGUCCUUUGGGUGGUGGACCAUUCUUGAUACACACAGGAAACUGUUGAGCGUGAAAAACCCAGCAGCGUUGCAGUUCUUGACACAAACCGGUGCACCUGGCACCUACUACCAUAUGUAACCGGUGUGAAAUGGCUAGCUAGUUAGCGGUGCGCACUAGUAGCGUUUCAAUCGGUGACGUCACUCGCUCUGAGACCUUGAAGUAGUUGUUUCCCUUGCUCUGCAAGGGCUGCAGCUUUUGUGGAGCGACGGGUAACAGUGCUUCGAGGGUGACUGUUGUCGAUGUGUGCAGAGGGUCCCUGGUUCAAGCCCAGGUAGGGGCGAGGAGAGGGACGGAAGCAAAACUGUUACACAUACAUACCCCCUUCAAAGGCACUUAAAUAUUUUGUCUUGCCCAUUCACCCUCUGAAUGGCACACAUACACAAUCCAAGUCUCAAUUGUCUCAGGGCUUAAAAAUUAUUCUUUAACCUGUCUCCUCCCCUUCAUUUACACUGAUUGAAGUGGAUUUAACAAGUGACAUCCAUAAGGGAUCAUAGCUUUCACCUGGAUUCACCUGGUCAUUCUAUGUCAUGGAAAGAGCAGGUGUUCAUAAUGUUUCGUACACUCAGUGUACGAAACAUUUUGCUGUUAAAUAAUGUUUGCGGUUAAAUUCCCACGUACCAAAUGAAAAAUAGAAGUUAAAUGGGUUUCCAUUGCAUUUUCAACUGUGCUGAUGGUUUUGUCACAAAAACUGUUGCGUUAUAUAGCAAAUGUACCCACUCUGGUCUUGGCCCAUGCACUCUAGCCAACAGCUUGCAGAUACAUUGUGGGUAGGCUACCUACAUUCUAAGAUUAUUAGGGAUAAGAAGGAUAUUAUUUGUAUUUGUCAAACGGCUGCCAAGCAUCGAUCAUCAUGUCACCAGAAUAAGAUAUUCAUUGGAAAGGAGCAUCAAGCUCAUCACGUGCACUUUCACCACCCUGUGAGGUUCAUCACAAUUUAUUUCAUCUGUAGCCUAAUAAACUGCAUGCGUUCCCCUAGUCGUAGUGGGAGGACCACUCAAUAUAUCAUCGCGUGACUCCAAGUUUACUUCAAUAUGAUGGUUAUUAUAUCAAUAUUUGCGCAUAAAGGCGUAUCCACCACCAUUACUCUCAUAAUUAGUUUUACAGACACAGAAAUAUUCCACCAUGUCAAACGAACAAAUUAUCUGUUGCCGUUUAUAAAAUUGUAUUGACAUUUCCUGUUUCCAUAACAGCUGUGGUGAUUUUAUUUUGUAUAUGUUAUGACUUUACACGCAUAGAAAAGGUGGAUGGUCCUUGGGCCAUUGUCUUGGGCCAUUUGCCAUUCGGCUGGAGGUGACAGAGAGCACAUAAAUUAGGUCAGAGCCUACAUUAGCAUUAUUCUGUGAUGUUGACUUUGAAGACCUCCAGCACUCUCGGUUAAACUGACACAGUGUAAAAAGAGUUUAUAUCGAAAUCAAUGCCUUGAGUUGAAUUAAGAGUUAGGGCUGGAGUUAUUGUCUGAAGGGCUUUCACGCUUAUGCACUUAUGGACGCUUAUGGCAGACAAAAAAACUGUGAGGGCAACUGAGAUCAGCAAUGCUAGUCAGAUGCUGGAGUGGCUUGUCUUCUUGGUCUCUCAGUCCCAGGAGCCAGUUGUCAGUAGCAGAUGGAUGUCUUUGGCUUUUGGCUUCACUGUGGUGGGCAGGGCAGGGAGGAGGACGUGAUGAGUACAGUAUGAUCGCUAUCCUGUAGCCUUAGAUCCUUAGAACUGUGAAACAUUACAUUUUACACAUUUAGCAGACGCUCUUAUCCAGAGCGACUUACAGGAGCAAUUAGGGUUAAGUGCCUUGCUCAAGGGCACAUCGACACAACGCUCUUAACCACUAAGCUACCUGCCAUACAAAUAACUACACUUCUUGGCCAUGAUUUCACACCCAGUCAUCAGCUAGCAAUAUGUAAAAAAAGAUGUUUAUACACUCAAUCUCGGUUAACUGUGAUUUGUUCAGAUGCUCUAUGUCCACAAGAGAUCAUUAUACAGUAGACUGCAUCUUCCCCUAGCAGAGUUGUAGAAUGAUACGUCUAAUGAUGACUGCCUCUUACUAAAUGACUCUUUACACAACAGUAAAUAAAUAUCCUGGUAAUAAAGCUACUUCACUCCCUUCUUUCACUUGGUCCCUGAACAGCCAUGGAGUGGUAUACAUUACAACCCUGAAGGAUGUCUAUAAACAUACAUAUCUAGUAUGAUGACUGAUGUUAAUACAGCUGAGUUGUAUCAUUGCUAGAUUAUUCAAAUUCCAGUGAUUCCAAAUGUGCCCCCUAACCUUUUCCUCUGAGUCACUGUUAUCUCCCGGCUGUUCCUCCUCCGUCUUCCCCUCGUGCCCCUCUGUUCCCCCCUCUUAUUUGGGGCUAAUUAUAGACCCACUGACCUUUUUGUGGAACGUCAUGGUAUGGGGGCAAUGGUGGCUUUCUUCUUCAGCUGCUCUGUUGAAACAAGAGACCGUCCUGUCCAUGCUUGUGAGCAACCACAACACACAUAGACACAAGGGUGCACACACACAUAUAUACACACACACACACACACACCGUGGCCUUUACAGUGUUCUAAACAUGGAGGGAAUAUAGAGUAGAGUCAGACAGAUCUGUUUACAGACAUGACACCCUUUCUAUUCUCAAUCUGAAAAUAUGUGCUGGAGCCAUUUUGGAUGUCUGUGGGAUGUUGUAGCCAAAACACUCUGAGCCCAAAACACAAAUGUCAAGGGACUUGAUAAACCUGAAAUCUAUGUGUAUAAAGCAUUGACAUAUGGGUAUCAAGUCACUCAGGAGCUAUAAAAGUCAUUUUAAUGUGUUUGACGAUGACAACCCUGAAAUCCAAACGUGAACUUGAUUGUAAACUUGAUUUAGUAUUAAUGUUAGCAUUGGUGAAACGGGUUUGUUUUAUGCCAUAACUACUGUACUGCCAUUGUGAGCUGUGUGUGUGUGUGUCACUGUGAGCUUUGACAAGCAACUCUUUAUUCUGCAGUGUUCUGACCCUCAGGACAACACUUUACUGAAAGCCUGCAGGUGUAAGGUUUUAUAAAUUGUUAUAUGCAUGUAUGAGCCCUCAGUCAGUCCUGAAAAACCCAUGUUUGUCUGUCUGUGUCUCUCAGGUAUGAACGCGGCUGUGAGGGCCACAGUCAGAGUUGGUCUCUACACUGGAGCCAAAGUCUACUUUGUUCAUGAGGUAAAGUCAUACAGUAGAAUCAUAGAAUACAAUCACAAUCACAGUUCUGUGAUUCAAGUUUCUACACUUGAUAAUGUGUCGUCUAUCAUUGCUGAUCACCCAUAAUAUAGCGGCCGCUACUAUUCAUUCAUUCCUGAUUAUUAUUGUAAAUGAUCUGACUGAAGGUUUAAGAAAUACAAACCACAUAGAGAGACAAUAUGUGUGGCUGCAGUAGCAUGCUGCUGUCUCCCAUUUCAGAAGGCAGUGUUCUUCAUGUGUGAGUGCAAUCACGUUGAAGAUAAUAGUUUUGUAUUUGUGUUGAUGAUGAUGUCUCCAGGGUUACCAGGGUCUGGUGGAUGGAGGAGACAACAUCAAACUGGCCACCUGGGAGAGUGUGUCCAUGAUGCUGCAACUGGUGAGUCCAGUUAUCAAACACUCACAAGCAAUAAUGCCAAUACAGGAGUCAGGACACAACUGUCAUAAACUGUCACUGUCUAGAGAGUGUAUUACAGUAAAUGAAUGACAAGAAACCAAGAGUACUGGUUUAUUUGAAUAUUAGAGACAGAUACAGACUCACAACCAAGAGUGUUCAUAGAUGAUGAUGAUGAUGAUGAUGCCUACUGUAACUAAGAGAGAGCAGGGGUCGGCUCCAGUAAUACAAACUGACCUCUGCGUACACACGGUGUUUGAGUUGAGUUGGGACCUGGCCAUGGUCUGAGGGACUUUGUCUUUCUUCUAAUUCUAUGAGUCUCUCUAUACCAGGGUGGUACGGUCAUCGGCAGUGCCCGCUGCAUGGACUUCAGAGCCAGGGAGGGCCGCAUGAAGGCUGCCCUGAACCUGGUCAAGCUGGGCAUCACCAACCUGUGUGUGAUCGGGGGUGACGGUAGUCUAACCGGAGCUAACCAGUUCAGGACGGAGUGGUCCACUCUGCUGGUCGACCUGGUCAAAGCCGGUAAGGCUGACGGAUACCCCACCGGGGACUAUGGAAACCCCCUAAGAACUGGGAAGGGUCACAAUCAAAUCUAUGUCCACAUGGAAUACUUAUUUGAAAUUGGAUAGUUCAUUUAAAUUGCAAAAUAUUUAUUUAUUAUUAAUACCCAAUAAAGGGUUUAUUUACUUAGCCACCAAUGCAGUUUGAGCAUUAUUUUUUAUUCAUUUUUACCAUAAAACAACAGGUGCGAUCCCAGAUACACCAUUGGUGGAAUUGCUGUUGAAUAUAACUGACAGAAGUGUGUGAUUUCUCUGUCUCCACUGUUCCUCUCCAGGUAAGAUCACUGAUAACGAGGCCAAGAGAUCGUCCCACCUGAACAUCGUAGGCAUGGUGGGUUCUAUCGACAAUGACUUCUGUGGCACAGACAUGACCAUCGGGACAGACUCCGCCCUCCACCGCAUCAUAGAGGUGGUGGAUGCCAUCACCACUACCGCACAGAGGUUAGGAGAAGAGAGGUCAUCGCUGUCACACACGUUUGCAGCCGUGCGCUCACGCAUAUAGGCGCAUGCACACACUGUUUCUGUUGUCUCUUUUGCACCUGGUUUAUAACAAAGAGGUUUCCUCUGUUGUUCGCCUCAGUCACCAGAGGACCUUCAUCCUGGAGGUGAUGGGUAGACACUGUGGCUACCUGGCCCUGGUGACUGCUCUGGCUUGCGGUGCUGACUGGGUGUUCAUCCCAGAGAUGCCCCCAGAUGAGGGAUGGGAGGGGCAUCUGUGCAGAAGACUGUCUGAUGUAGGUUUACACGCACAGAUAGACUGACACUAGCCUUCUGGCCAGAAGGAUUCUCCUCUUCUUCUCUGCUUCUCUUCUUCUCUUCCCCUCUUCUUCUCUUCCCCUCUUCUUCUCUUCCCCUCUUCUUCUCUUCCCUCUUCUCCUCUUCUUCUCUUCCCUUGUUCUUCUCUUCCCCUGUUCUUCUCUUCCCCUAUUAUUCUCUUCUCCUCUUCUUCUCUUCUUAUCUUCCCCCUCUUCCCCUCUUCCCCUCUUCUUCUCUUCCCCUCUUCUUCCCUCUUCCCUCUUCUUCUUUCCCCUCUUCCCCUCUUCUUCUCUUCCCCUCUUCCCCUCUUCUCUUCCCUCUUCCCCUCUUCUCUUCCCCUCUUCCCUCUUCCCCUCUUCUUCUCUUCCCCUCUUCUUCUCUUCCCUCUUCUUCUCUUCCCCUCUUCUUCUCCCUUUCCCCCUCUCUCUUCUCCUCUUCUCCUCUCUUACCCCCUUACACCCCAUCUCUCACUUCUACCACCCUUCUCCUCUCACCUCUCUUCUCUAUCCCCCCUUCGUCUUCCUCAUUCCCUCCUUCUUCAUUCCCCCUCAUCUUCUAUUUCUAUUUUCUUCUCCAUAUUGAAGUACUUUUUAAAACACACCCAUACAUUACAUUACACACCACACCACAUUACAUUACACACCACACCACUUACAUUACAUUACACACCACACCACAUUACAUUACAUUACACACCACACCACAUUACAUUACACACCACAUUAGACCACAAUCCUUCAUUCCAGUUAUCUGUUUCCAUCCUUGGUACCUAAUCACCAACCUGACGUCUUGUGUCUUUGGUCUCUGACAGCAAAGGGCCAGAGGAUGUCGUCUCAAUGUGAUCAUUGUGGCAGAGGGAGCUAUGGGCAGAGAUGGAAAACCCAUCGGCUCUGAAGACAUCAAGAAGGUCAGCAAGCUCUCCCUCAUAUUACUGUACCAAGCAGUUCAAAUGGUUUUGUUUGCUUGUUUGUUAAAACCUAUUUUAGCGUAGUCUCGUCCACCAACCGUCUCACUCUAUGGGGACAAGGUUACUUUUAGCCCACAGUGGGGCUAAUUUCCCAAAUAUUACCUCUGAGUUAAAAUGCUAAUAUUCUACUGCAUUGUCUACCGGGGUUUGAAUAAGGUUAAACUGUCAGUUGCUAGCAGCUCUCUGUGUGUGCAUCUUACGUUUGUAGCUGGUGGAGAAGAAUUUGGGCUUUGACACCCGUACCACUGUCUUGGGACACGUGCAGAGAGGCGGUACCCCCUCUGCCUUCGACAGAAUCCUGGUAGGUCUCUCUCUGUCUCUGUCUCUGUCUGUCGGUCUCUCGGUCUCUGUAUGUAUGAGCAAAAGCAUGUCUGACUGUGUAAUGUGAUGUUUGUGUGUGUGUGUGUUCCUCCACCUCCCCAGCAGGAUGGGUGUAGAGGCUCUGUUGGUGUGUGUGUCACUCUAACGACGGUGUGUUGUGAUUGUGUCUGACCGUGGUGUGUCUCUAACCCUGGUCUGUGUUCUCCCCCAGGGUAGCAGGAUGGGUGUGGAGGCAGUCAUGGCCCUGCUGGAGGCCACUCCAGAGACCCCGGCCUGUGUCGUCAGUCUGUCCGGUAACCAGGCCGUCAGGCUGCCCCUCAUGGAGUGUGUCCAAGUGGUCAGUAUCAGUAACUAAGCCCCAUCAACCGUUGUAUGUGUGCCAUUCAAAUGGGUUCACCUACACUACCAGUCAAAAGUUUGGACACAGCUACUCAUUCAAGGGUUUUUCUUUAUUUUUUAUAUUUUUUACAUUAUAGAAUAAUAGUGGAGACAUCAAAACUAUGAAAUAACACAUAUGGAAUCAUGUAGUAAACAAAAAAGUGUUCAACAAAUAUUUUACAUUUGAGAUCCUUCAAAUUGCCACCCUUUGCCUUGAUGACAGCUUUGCACACUCUUGGCAUUCUCUAAACCAGCUUCACCUGGAAUGCUUUUCCAACAGUCUUGAAGGGGUUCCCACAUAUGCUGAGCACUUGUUGGCUGCUUGUCCUUCACUCUGCGGUCCGACUCAUCCCAAACCAUUUCAAUUGUGUUGAGGUCGGGGAAUUGUGGAGGCCAGGUCAUCUGAUGCAGCACUCCAUCACUCUCCUCCUUGGUAAAAUAGCCCUUACACAGCCUGGAGGUGUGUUGGGUCAUUGUCCAGAUGGGAUGGUGUAUCGCUGCAGAAUGCUGUGGUAGCCAUGCUGGUUAAAUCACAGACAGUGUCUCCAGCAAAGCACCCCCACACCAUAACACCUCCUCCUCCAUGCUUUACGGUGGGAAAUACAUAUACGGAGAUCAUCCGUUCACCCACACCGCAUCUCACAAAGACACAGCAUUUGGAACAAUUUGGACUCCAGACCAAAGGACAAAUUUCCACCGGUCUAAUGUCCAUUGCUCGUGUUUCUUGGCCCAAGCUGGUCUCUUCUUCUUAUUGGUGUCCUUUAGUAGUGGUUUCUUUGCAGCAAUUCGACCAUGAAGGCCUGAUUCACACAGUCCCCUCUGAACAGUUGAUGUUGAGAUGUCUCUAUUACUUUGCAUUUAUUUGGGCUACAAUUUCUGAGGCUGGUAACUCUAAUGAACUUAUCCUCUGCAGCAGAGGUAACUCUGGGUCUUCCAUUCCUGUGGCAGUCCUCAUGAGAGCCAGUUUCAUCAUAGCGCUUGAUGGUUUUUGUGACUGCACUUGAAGAAACUUUCAAAGUUCUUGAAAUUGUCCGUAUUGACUGACCUUCAUGUCUUAAAGUAAUGAUGGACUGUCAUUUCUCUUUUCUUAUUUGAGCUGUUCUUGCCAUAGUAUGGACUUGGUAUUUUACCAAAUAGGGCUAUUUUCUGUAUACCCCCCCUACCUUGUCACAACACAACUGAUUGGCUCAAACGCAUUAAGAAGGAAAGAAAUUCCACAAAUUAACUUUUAAGAAGGCACACCUGUUAAUUGAAAUGCAUUCUAGGUGACUACCUCAUGAAGCUGGUUGAGAGAAUGCCAAGAGUGUGCAAAUCUGUCAUCAAGGCAAAGGGUGGCUAUUUGAAGAAUCCCCCCCAUCUUACUCUCUCUGUCUCCUCAGACUAAGGAUGUGACGACUGCCAUGGCUGAGAAUAGAUGGGAGGAUGCUAUCAAGCUCAGAGGAAAGUAAGAACACUACCCUACUUUUACCAAUCUAACAAUGGCUUCACUAUUACUGAAACUACUCACUCGGAUGUUACAUAUUACGUUUAUCACAGGCUACUAAUACAUCACUGUUUUUGUUGGCCUUGUCCAGGAGCUUUGAAAACAACUGGAACACAUACAAGAUGCUGGCCCACAUCAACCCUCCAGAUACCAAGGUGAGGGACAACAGCUACACAAUUAACACAUGAGUUGCGUUAAAUUAGUUAAAAGACUAGAGCACUGACAGAUCAAUAUGUCACCAUUCUCUCCUCUCUUCACCUCUCCUCUCCUCCUCUCCUCUCCUCCCUCCUUCUCGCCACCUCUCCUCUUCUCUCCCCUUCUCUCCACCUUUCCUUUCCUCUCCUCUCCACCUCUCCUCUCCACCUCUCCUCCUUUCUCUCCACCUCUCCUCUGCUCUCCUCUUCUCUUCUCCUCUUCUUUCCAUCUCUCCUCUUCUCUCCCCUUCUCUCCACCUCUCCUCUCCCCUCCAGAGCAACAUUAAUGUGGCCAUAGUUAACGUCGGUGCCCCCUGUGCUGGUAUGAAUGCUGCCGUGCGUUCUGCAGUGAGGAUUGGAAUCAUUCAGGGACACAAUAUGCUGGCCGUUCAUGACGGGUUUGAGGGUCUCGCUCACGGAAAGGUAUGUACACAUUACUCACUAUGCACUGCACACUAUGCAGAGCCCAUUCCUCUCAACCAAAACUCCUCUUUUGACCAGGGCCUGUGUUCAUAAAGCGUCUCAGAGUUGGAGUGCUGAUCUAGGAUCAGGUCCCUUUUGUCCAUGUAAUCCUAUACAUUAUGGUGUAUAUGGCUUGGAUGCUUUGUGAUUACAGGCCCAGGUCAUCUAUAAUCUAAAGAUAGAACAAGGCCUGGUACAGUAGCUCUUGUCCAGUGAAUCUGGAAACCUCACUCAUUUGACCCCUGAUCUUUUACCCCUUGACUAGAUUGAGCCCAUCACCUGGACAGGAGUGUCAGGCUGGACUGGGAAGGGAGGCUCUGAGUUGGGCACCAAGAGGUAUUACAUCAUAUCUCUUUUACUACUCAGUUUGUAUUGUCAGCAGGGGUGGAACCAAUGAUUUAUAUAUAUACACUAGAUGACUGACAGGGGGCGCUGUUUUGAAGCCAACGCGCCUCCAUCUUGGCACUCCUCCACCGUUGUAAAAAAUGAUAUCUUCAUUUGUUUUUGCCAUGUUUGUUCUAUUACAGACACCUUAAUGCAUACUUUAAAAUGAUAUUAUGUGAGCUAAAUUAAAUUUUAAAAAUGUAUAAAAACAUUUUCUUUAGUAUAAUUUUUUUAAAGUACUAAUGUUACUGUCCCCAUUACAACAAAAAAAUUAUUAUGUCCUUGAAACAUUUAAUUGAAAUAGAGCUCGCCAGCUUGUAGUCCUAAAACCCGGAAAGUAGUUUCCUCUGGUUCAUUCAGCCAUCCCUAUGGAAAUAAUGAAUGUGGAAAAAAUUGUGUUUUUGAAUAAACGUUGAAAAUAAAGUCCGAGGUUAACACAGGCUUAGGAGAUCUUGUACGUUUUGUUCUAUGAGAUAAUAGCAGUCAGUUAACAUGACCUUUAUGAUAUGAAGCCUUUAUGUGUUUUUAAUGUUUAUAUAAAUUCAAAACAAUUCACAAAAAGUGACAUUAGCUGAUGAAGAUUAUCUCAUUGAACAAAACAUACAAGAUCUCCUAAGCCUGUGUUUACCACAGACAUUAUUUUUCGCCGUUUAUCCAAAAACACCGUUAAUUUUACUCAUAGGCUUUGUACAACGAACCACCGUGGAAUUAGUGCCUUCAAAAAGACGCCAUUACUAUUUCUCUCUAUACCUCCAUGCUGUAGAAUCCCAUUCAUUCCUAUGGAGGACUGCUCCUACUGGGUUGUGUCAAUGUGGCCGACCGGCGGCUUCAAAGCCUCUCAUUGGCCAAUAUAUAGCAUCAGCAAUCCAGGGAUUAUGUAAAAAUGUAAAAAUAUGUUUUUUGCAGAGAUUUAAAAAAUAUAACCCCUUCCCCUGCUUGUGAGUACUGUAUAUCACUGAUGUUUCACACAAUAACUGAUGUCUCCUCCUUUAUUUGAAGAGUCCUGCCUUCUAAGUACAUUGAGGAAAUCAGCUUGACUAUCGCUAAAUUCAAUAUCCACUCUCUGGUAAUCAUUGGAGGGUUUGAGGUAAGAGUCUGAAGACUACCCCAUCACAUGCAUGUCUUCUUUGAUAUGUGGUUGUCUUACCUACUUCCGAACAUUAAAUUGACUUAUUGUAAGUCACUCUGGAUAACAGAAUUUGAUAAAUGACUAAAGUGUAAAUGUAAUGUCUAUGGGGAACCUCACAUGUAACCACAAAAAUAAACAUAAACAUGGUACCUCAGUAGUGUCCCCCCUGCUGCGCUCCCCCUCCUCUCGCCUCUCUCUCAAAAUCAAAUCAAUUUUUAUUUGUCACAUGCUUCGUAAACAUCAGGUGUAGAUUCUCCCCUAUCUCCUCCCCCCCAGGCGUAUAUGGGUGGUCUGGAGCUGGUGACAGCCAGGGAAAAGUAUGAGGAGCUGUGCAUUCCCAUGGUGGUCAUCCCCGCCACUGUCUCCAACAAUGUACCCGGCUCCGACUUCAGCAUCGGAGCUGACACCGCCCUCAACACCAUCACCUCGGUCAGUACCGUAAUACAUCAACACCAUUACCUUUGUUUUUACUGUAACGCAUCAAUAAUACAUCAACACCAUCACCUCGGUCAGUACCAUAAUACAUCAACACCAUCACCUCGGUCAGUACCAUAACACAUCAACACCAUCACCUCGGUCAGUACCAUAGCACAUCAACACAUCACCACCUCGUCUCACCUCCACCAUACCUUACAAAACUGGUCAGUACAUAACUCAACCUACCUUUUUUGUACCGUAACAUCAACAAUACCAUCGGAGCUACACCCCUCAACACCAUCACCUCGGUCAGUACCAUAAUACAUCAAUACCAUUACCUUUGUUUUUACCGUAACACAUCAACAAUAUCACCUAGGUAAGUACCGUAAUACAUCAACACCAUCACCUUGGUCAGUACCCGUAAUAAAUCACACAUCAUACCUAGUGUACCGUAUCUCAACCCAUCACCGGUCAACGAAUACAUCAACACAUCACCCUCGGUAGUACUGUAAUACAUCAACACCAUCACCUUGGUCAGUACUGUAAAUCAACACAUCACCUGUCAGUACAAUAAUCAACACAUCACCUGGUAGUACCGUAAUACAUCAACACCAUCACCUUGGUCAGUACUGUAAUACAUCAACACCAUCACCUUGGUCAGUACUAGUACAUCAACAAUCACCUGUCAUACCAUCAUCAACCCAUCACCUUGGUCAGUACCAUAGCACAUCAACACCAUCACCUUGGUCAGUACCGAUAAUAAAUCAACAAUCACUUAGGUCAGUACUGUAAUACAUAACCACACAUACCAACAAUCACACCUCACUGGUCAGUACCUAAUACAUCAACACCAUCACUUGGUCAGUACUGUAAUACAUCAACACCAUCACCUCGGUCAGUACCGUAAUACAUCAACACCAUCACCUUGGUCAGAACUGUAAUAAAUCAAACACCAUCACCUUGGUCAGUACUGUAAUACAUAACACCAUCACCUAGGUCAGUACCGUAUACAUCAACACCAUCACCUCAGUCAGUACCAUAGCACAUCAACAUCAUCACCUAGGUCAGUACUGUAAUACCAUAACACCAUCACCUUGGUCAGUACCGUAAUACAUCAACACCAUCCCCAUAACAUCACCAACAUCUGGCUUGAAACAGGGAGGUGCUGCUGUACCUGAACUUGUCCCGUAAGAAAACAAAUGUUCAAUUCUCUGUUGCAAAACAUUUUGCUAUGAUGUGAGUCACACAUCACAUCACCCAACUCAAUGCCACGGUCCAAAUCAUAACUACCACAUGCUGUAAUACCUGUCAGACCUGCCAUUUUGUUGCCCAUGCUAAAAGACCACAUAGGAAAUAAGCCUUGGUUUAAAAUGUAUGUCAUGUCUGUCUUCAACUGAAGCAGUUUAAUAUGUGUUUUAACUGUCAUAAAAUCAUUCAUCACUAUGCCCCUAUACUCUCUACCCUCACUUCUUCCCUCUCUUGAUUCCUGAUUCCCCUAUAACAGACCUGUGACAGGAUCAAGCAGUCAGCAGCAGGCACCAAGCGUCGUGUGUUCAUCAUUGAGACCAUGGGAGGGUACUGUGGGUAUCUGGCUACCAUGGCCGGCCUGGCUGCUGGGGCUGAUGCUGCAUACAUCUAUGAGGAGAAGUUUGGAAUCAGGGACCUCGAGGUGAGAUGAUGGAUUCUCUCUCUCUCUCUCUCUCUCUCUCUCUCUCUCUCUCUCUCUCUCUACUGAGAGCUUUAGACACAAUGUACAUAAACAGCACUACAGUCUGUCAGCUUGUGAAAAUCUUUCGGACACAGAUUAAGCUUAGUCCUGGACUAUCCCACUUUUAAAAAUACUAUGGUGUACUAUUCACUGUAGUGUUUUGGCGGACUUUACUGUAGUAUUCACUGUAGUAUAUACAGUUAACUAUAGUAUAAUUACUGUAGGACUGUAGUGUUUUUUGCAGACAUUACUGUAGUAUUUACUGUAGUGUUUUUGUGGACAUUACUGUAGUUAUUCUAGUGUUUUUGUUUUAUAAUCUUUGACAUAGUGAGGCUUUCUCCUUCAGGAAACCUACUGGAGAAAUACUAAAAGAGCACAUUUUCCAUAACCUGUAGGUAGGUAGAUAGGUAGGUAGGUAGGACUGGGGUCUGAACAGAUAGUUCAGAGCUUCUGCUCAUUUCUAUAACCUGUAGGAACACAAUAUAUGGUCUAUACUUGGCAUGUAGGUUUCAAACUUGUGUGACACAAAUUUAUAUUUGGGGGAGGGGAUAUGUAGGUAGGUGUAGUGGUAGGUAGGUGUAGUGUUUAUGCGGACAUUACUGUAGUAUUUACUACAGUGCUUUUUGCAUAUAAAACUUUAGUAUUUACUAUAGUAUAAUACAAUAUUCUAUAUUAAGUAGUACACAUGAUCGAGGGAUACUAUAGUGUUUAGUAUAGUAUACUACAGUUUACUAUAGAAUUAUAUAAGUACUGUAGUAUUCUAUAGUAAACUGUAGUAUUUUUUCAUGUGGCUAAGAAGCGCUGUCAAUAAAUCUUAAUUGAACAUGCUUUCUAGUCCAGGACUAGGCUUACUCUGUGUCUGGGAAACCAGCCCUUUAUGUUUUUCCUUUAUAUAAUUAUUGACGGUACAAACUGGCCUCUAUAUAAAAGUAUACAUGAUAUGAAUAUUUUGAGGUUUCCUCUAUAUAAAAGUAUACAUGAUAUAAAUGUGUCCUGACUGACUGGCUUCGGUUUACAGAUGAACGUGGAGCAUCUCGUGCAGAAGAUGAAGACAGACGUGAAGAGAGGUUUGAUUCUCAGGUGGGUUUCAUUCAAGCAUUCAUUCAUUUAUUUAUUUAUUUAUUUAUUCAGUCAUCCAUUUAUUCAUUUGUGGUCCACUGUAGCUCAGCUGGUAGAGCACGGCGCUUGUAACGCCAAGGUAGUGGGUUCGAUCCCCGGGACCACCCAUACACAAACAAAAAUGUAUGCACGCAUGACUGUAAGUCGCUUUGGAUAAAAGCGUCUGCUAAAUGGCAUAUUAUUAUUAUAUUAUUAUUAUUAAUUUAGAUCUCAAUCUGCCAUACUUGUGCUUUUCCAAAACUCUCUCUCUCCCACCCUCUCCCUGUUCCUGUCCCUCUCAUUUACAUUUUACAUUUUUGUCAGUUAGCAGAUGUUCUUAUCCAGAGUGAUUUACAGUUAGCUAGGUGAGACAACCACAUACAGUAGCACAGUCAAUAGCUUGUUUUCUAUCUAAUUGGCAACAGAUUUUCAUGUGAAUAUUCUCAAAUCUGCAUAAAAAACUAUAUGCGCAUUUUCCCACCAGAGAUAUGUUUCCAUCAAACUGACUUGUAGCGGCUAGAAGGCUGCACAUAAACAUUACAUGUUGUGGUUAAAUUCCUAUGUACUGAAUAAAUAAAUAAAUGAAUAAAAAGUUUAAUGGGUUUCCAUUGCAUUUUCAACUCUACCAACUCUACCAAUGGUUUUGUCACAGAAACUGUUGCGUUAUAAAACAAAUGUGCCCAAUCUGGUUGCACAUGCAUUCUAGCCAACAGCCCGCAGAUACAGGCUAGCCUACAUGAUGAGAUUAUUAUGGAUAAGAGCAAGAUUAUUUUCUUUGUCAAACUGCAGCCAAGCAUCGAUCAUCAUGACACCAGAAUAAGCCCAUUGAUAUUUAUUGGAAAGUAGCAUCAAGCUCAUCACUGUGCACUUUCACCACCAUGUGAAGUUCAUCAUCAAUUAUUUAAUCUGUAGCCUAAUAAACUGUAUGCUUUCCCCAAUCAUAGUGGGAGGACCACACAAUAUAUCAUCGCGUGAUCCCAAGUUUACUUCAAUAUGAUGGUUAUUACAGUGAGGGAAAAAAGUAUUUGAUCACCUGCUGAUUUUCUACGUUUGCCCACUGACAAAGAAAUGAUCUGUCUAUAAUUUUAAUGGUAGGUUUAUUUGAACAGUGAGAGACAGAAUAACAACAACAAAAAUCCAGAAAAACGCAUGUCAAAAAUGUUAUAAAUUGAUUUGCAUUUUAAUAAGGGAAAUAAGUAUUUGACCCCCUCUCAAUCAUAAAGAUUUCUGGCUCCCAGGUGUCUUUUAUACAGGUAACGAGCUGAGAUUAGGAGCACACUCUUAAAGGGAGUGCUCCUAAUCUCAGCUUGUUACCUGUAUAAAAGACACCUGUCCACAGAAGCAAUCAAUCAAUCAGAUUCCAAACUCUCCACCAUGGCCAAGACCAAAGAGCUCUCCAAUGAUGUCAGGGACAAGAUUGUAGACCUACACAAAGCUGGAAUGGGACUACAAGACCAUCGCCAAGCAGCUUGGCGAGAAGGUGACAACAGUUGGUGCGAUUAUUCGCAAAUGGAAGAAACACAAAAGACCUGUCAAUCUCCCUCGGCCUGGGAUUCCAUGCAAGAUCUCACCUCGUGGAGUUGCAAUGAUCAUGAGAACGGUGAGGAAUCAGCCCAGAACUUCACGGGAGGAUCUUGUCAAUGAUCUCAAGGCAGCUGGGACCAUAGUCACCAAGAAAACAAUUGAUAACACACUACGCCGUGAAGGACUGAAAUCCUGCAGCGCCCGCAAGGUCCCCCUGCUCAAGAAAGCACACAUACAGGGCCGUCUGAAGUGUGCCAAUGCACAUCUGAAUGAUUCAGAGGAGAACUGGGUGAAAGUGUUGUGGUCAGAUGAGACCAAAAUCGAGCUCUUUGGCAUCAACUCAACUCGCCGUGUUUGGAGGAGGAGGAAUGCUGCCUAUGACCCCAAGAACACCACCCCCACCGUCAAACAUGGAGGUGGAAACAUUAUGCUUUGGGGGUGUUUUUCUGCUAAGGGGACAGGACAACUUCACCGCAUCAAAGGGAUGAUGGACGGGGCCAUGUACCGUCAAAUCUUGGGUGAGAACCUCCUUCCCUCAGCCAGGGCAUUGAAAAUGGGUUGUGGAUCUGUAUUCCAGCAUGACAAUGACCCAAAACACACGGCCAAGGCAACAAAGGAGUGGCUCAAGAAGAAGCACAUUAAGGUCCUGGAGUGGCCUAGCCAGUCUCCAGACCUUACUCCCAUAGAAAAUCUGUGGAGGGAGCUGAAGGUUCGAGUUGCUAAACGUCAGCCUCGAAACCUUAAUGACUUGGAGAAGAUCUGCAAAGAGGAAUGGGACAAAAUCCCUCCUGAGAUGUGUGCAAACCUGGAGGCCAACUACAAGAAACGUCUGACCUCUGUGAUUGCCAACAUGGGUUUUGCCACCAGGUACUAAGUCAUGUUUUGCAGAGGGGUCAAAUACUUAUUUCCCUCAUUAAAAUGCAAAUCAAUUUAUAACAUUUUUGACAUGCGUUUUUCUGGAUUUUUUUGUUGUUAUUCUAUCUCUCACUGUUCAAAUAAACCUACCAUUAAAAGUAUAGACUGAUCAUGUCUUUGUCAGUGGGCAAACAUACAAAAUCAGCAGGGGAUCAAAUACUUUUUUCCCUCACUGUAUAUCAAUAUUUGCGCAUAAAGGUGUUUCCAACUCCUUUUCUCGCAUAAUACAUUUUACAGACACAAAAAGAUCCCACCAUAUCGACCGAACAAAUGCCUUUUCUCAUUUGGCAAAAAGUCAGUCCUCCACCCUCUCUCCUCUGUCCUCUCUCCUCCGUGAGGCGGAAACCGAUAACAUGCUACCCAGACCGCACACGCGUGUGCAAGUUGAUUUUGUCCCCCACACCAGACACGAUGAGGACACGCAGGUUGAAAUAUCAAAAUAAACUCUGAACCAAUUAUACUAAUUUGGGGACACAUUGAAAAUUAUUAAACAUUUAUGGCAAUUUAGCUAGCUAGCUUGCUGUUGCUAGCUAAUUUGUGCUGGGAUAUAAACAUUGGGUUGUUAUUUUACCUGAAAUGCACUAGGUCCUCUACUCCAACAAUUAAUCCACAGAUAAAACGGUAAAAGUUAGUUUUCUAGUCAUCUCUCCUCCUUCAGGCUUCUUCUUCUUCUUUGGACUUUAUAUGGCAGUUGGCAACCAACUUUAAGAUGCAUUACCACCACCAACUGGACUGGAGCAUAGACCUCAGUUAAUCUUUCAAUCACCCACAUGGGUAUAUGCUCCUAAAAACCAAAUGGGGAGAGGCAGGACUUGCAGCGCGUUGAGCGUCACAAUUAGAACCGAUUUAUAUUUUAGCGCCUGGCCACGCAGACGCUCGUUGACGCGCGCGAGCAGUGUGGGUGCAAUGAUUGAAUAACAUGUAUGUGUACAUUUAUUUUGCAACACGUGGUCAGCAUGUUAAGUGGUCGAUGAGAUGUAAAUUCGUUAGUAGGUGAACGGAAGAGGCCUUUUAUAAAUUAUAUUUGCGCACCUCCUACGUCCUCUCCUCCGUCCUCUUUCGCCUCCUUUUGAAAAAUGUCAAAGUUAAUCGAAGAGAGUCGGCGAGGAGAGUGAACAUGGAUGGAAAUGGCUUGCUUGAAAUGAGACAGUCCUUCUCCACUCGCGCGUCAAUACAGGGGUGGAUCCCAAAAUACAUGUAUAUAGUGAUCAAAACAAAUGAAGUUAGUUGCGCAAAACUUUUUAUAGAUAAAACAAUAAGUCGAAUAUUGUUUUUAAACGUGUGCAUGUUUUUCUCUGACAAAACAAAAACUGAUUCAAAGGGGAUGUAGCAGAUUUCUAACUCUUCUGUGGUAGGAUACACAUGAGUAUCCUUGAUGAAAGGAAGCUGUCAAGGAGGCGAGGACACUCUUCCGUCUGCCUAACGAAAUGACACACUCCUCAAACACUCGACCACUUAUCGGUUUCCAGGUCACUGAGGAGAGAGGACAGAGGAUGGAGGGUGGUCUUUUGCCCAAACAAGAAAACCCUCGAGUGUCCUCCCCUCCUCAGUAGCCAUCUUUCAUCAAGGAUAGUAAUGUGUAUCCUACCAGAGUCCUUAGCAGAAUAGUUUUAACCCCCUGUAAUGCUUGAAUGGAAACCUGGUUAUAGUAAGCAAAAUAAUUUCUCAAUAAAGCAGUCAGUGCUAGUGUUCUGUAUCCUCUUUGUGGUCAGGAAUGAGAACUGCAAUGCCAUGCCAUGCCACUUCAACUGUAAAUAUACAGUAUAUUAAAGCAGUAAGGCCCGAGGGGGUGUGGUAUAUGGCCAAUACACCACGGCUAAGGGCUGUUCUUGGGUACGAUUCAACGCAGAGUAAUUAGAGCAGUCAAAAUAAAAGUUUUGUCAUACCCGUGGUAUACCACGGCUGUCAGCCAAUCAGCUUUCAGGGCUCGAACCACCCAGUUUAUAAUCAUGUUUAGAUCUCAUCUGUACUCCUUUCCUCUGUGUAUCAGGAAUGAGAACUGCAAUGCCAACUACACCACAGACUUCAUCUUCGCUCUCUACUCUGAGGAGGGCAAGGGCGUCUUCGACUGCCGCAAGAACAUCCUGGGACACAUGCAACAGGUCUGUUAACAGUGACAAGGCUGCUCACAAAUAGCACCCUAUUCUCUUUAUAGUGCACUACUUUUGUCCAGGGCUCUGUUCAAAGAAGUGCUCUAUGUAGGAAUUAUGUGCCAUUUGGGACGUAACCACCGUUUCAAUUAAUUACAGGAGUGCUCCUAAUUGGGGUCAAUUCCAUUUCAAUUCAUUCAAUUGAGAAAGUAAACUGAAAUUCCAAUUUUCCCUUAUUACUUCAGUACUGAAUUUGACUGAAUUGUAAUGGAAUUGAACCUGGCACUGGUUACAGGGUCAAUUAAAGUACAAAGUGCCCCUAAUAUUUAUAACGCUUAACCAGAACGUACAGUACAUAGACUUUAGUUGAAUAAUCCAACCUCGCCUUUCCCCUCCCCUGUCCUCCACUCUCCCCUCUCCCCCUCUAACUCUCCCUUCUUUCCUCCCCUCUCUUCUCCUCCCUAACCUCUGUCCUAUCCCCUCUCCCUCUCCCCAGGGCGGAACCCCAACACCUUUCGACAGGAACUUUGGUACAAAGAUGGGCUCCAAGGCUGUUCUGUGGCUCACAGAGAAACUCAAGGAGGUGUACAGACAUGGUAAGACAGGCUGUGGGGUGUCACCAUGAACAUAUACUGAGAUAAAGCAAUGAGAGGCAUAUUGCUGCUUCCCAGUACUUUAUUCCUGCACCCAAAUACACAUCGUUUUGACUUCACAGAAGUCGUUCGCCUGUAUCAUUUUUAGCUUAGCACCGGUAUUCUCAAGUUUAGGAUGUGAAUAUCACCCGCCUUUUUUUUCAUUGACCAUUUACAAAUACCCCACGUCUGAAGCUAGUGGCAAUUCCGUUGUAUUGUUCACAUAGGCAUUCUCUUUAUCGCUGCUUUCACUUUGUCCCAGAUCUGUUUGUGCUGUCUUGUCAACUCCUAUUGUCACGCGCCAUGGAAGUUGGCAAGACAGCACAAACAGGUUUUAGACUCAAGCUACACUCUUAGAAAAAAGGGUUCCAAAAGGGUUCUUUGGCUGUCCUCAUAGGAUAACCCUUUUUGGUUCCAGGUAGAACCCUUUUUGGUUCCAGGUUGAACUAUUUUGGGUUCCAUGUAGAACCGUCUGUGAAAAGGGUUUUACAUGGAACCCAAAGGGGUUCUACCUGGAACCAAAAGGGUUCUACCUGGAACCAAAAAGGGUUCUACCUGGAACCAAAAAGGGUCCUUCAAAGGGUUCUACUAUGGGGACAGCCAAAUAACUGUUUUAGGUUCUAGAUAGCACCUUUUUUUCUAAGAGUGUAGCUUUUACCUGCUGAUACCAGUUGUUAUUUUGUCUCAUUGAGUAUAACUUCAUUUGACUAUCUGUCACCCGGCCUUCUCUCUCCUCCAGGUCGUAUCUUCGCUAACACCCCAGACUCUGCCUGUGUGCUGGGCAUGAAGAAGAGAGCACUGACCUUCCAGCCCUUGGCUGAGCUUAAUGAACAGACUGACUUCGAGUAAGAUCCUUUCAUCCUCAGAGAUGUCUUCUUAGAUAGAAACCCAAGGCACUAUGAUGCUAAAACACAAGAGUGACAGUUGCUCACUCUCCUCAACAUACAUUUUUUCAUACUUUAACACACUUUUCAUACUGAUCCAGAGUUCAAGUGGGUAUUGUGAGUGCGUAUCCCUCAACUAAUACCUGUUUUGAAAAGGAACAUUCCCUCUUCUCUUUCUGACUACAUCGCAGUUUUCACAUAUUAUGUAUGUAGACACUGGUAUGUAAUGAAUACAAGGUUAAAAAGUGGUGAAGUGUCCCUUUAACAUCCCUCUACCCCCCUCUGCUGUCCUGUCCAGGCACCGCAUCCCCAAGACAUCGUGGUGGCUGAAGCUGAGGCCUAUCAUGAAGAUCCUGGCUAAAUACAACAUCAGCCUGGACACAUCAGAGCAUGCCCACAUGGAACAUGUGAUCAAGAAGAGGGUGUCGAUGCCCGCACCACUGAUGAAGAAGCACAAGGAGGAGGUAGAGGAGGAAGAGGAA